CAGGAGGACUGGAGACAGGCAGGGUCACUGCUUUGGGCCAGUUCUCUUGAUUGAGGAUUUGGGCCUUUGAUUUCAGGGGAGGCUGUGGUAGGGGCCUGGAAACUGGGGCUCUUCUUGCACUUCUAGCCCGUCUUGCUGGAGAGAGAGGUCACUCCUGGUUGUAGAAGCAGCUGCUCAUUGUGUGAUCUCAGGCAAAGCUUUUGUCAGUUUUGUGCCUCAGUCCUGUCCCCACCUGUCAAGUGAGAUGGAAAGAGUGAAGCUCGGCCUUUGCUCCUUGACCUCUGUGCUGUACUGGAGUCCCAGGAGCCAUCAGGACGGAGAGGAAGCAGCGGCUGCCAUGGAUGAACGCAAGCUGCCGUCGCUGCUACCUGAGGAGAGCAGUGCCACCUGCGACCCUAACCUGGAGCCGGAGGAGGAGCCUGGGGCCCAGGAUGGAAUGGCAGCCAGUGAGGGUCUGAGCAGCUGCCCUGGCAGCCCAGGGCAUGAGAAAAGGGACACCCUGUUGGACAGUGAGGAGCCCACAGGGGACCCAGGUGAGGCUGGGCCGCUCUCUGGCCUCAGCCUCAGCCUCUCCCUCACCAAUGGCCUAACCCUCGGACCAGAGAUGAAUACUGUGGAAGAUUCAACAGAGUCCAGUGCCUGGAGGGAUGGUAGGCUGGCAGAGAGGGACGCUGUCUGCAGCAGCCUCUAUCCAGACACUGAGGACUCUCAGCUGGGGCUUGAUGGCCCUGGAGAGCCAGAUGUGCGGGAUGGUUUCAGUGCCACAUUUGAGAAGAUUCUGGAGUCAGAGCUGCUGCGAGGCACCCAGUACAGCAGCCUUGACUCCCUGGAUGUGCUGAGCCUCACAGAUGAGAGUGACAGCUGUGUCAGCUUCGAGGCCCCACUCACACCCCUCAUCCAGCAGCGGGCCCGAGAUAGCCCUGAGCCAGGGGCUGGGCUGGGUCUUGGGGACAUGGGGUCUGAGGGGGACACGGGGGCAGCCGGAGGUGACGGGGAGCUGGGCAGCCCCUUGCGGUGCUCCAUCUCUAGCAGCCGUUCCGAGAACGUCCUGAGCCACCUUACGAUGGUUCCCAAUGGGUUCCAUGAGGAUGAGCCCCAGGGGCCAGGCGGGGAUGAAGAUGACGACGAUGAGGACACGGACAAAUUGCUGAACUCAGCCAGUGACCCCAGCCUGAAGGAUGGCCUGUCGGACUCAGACUCAGAGCUGAGCAGCUCAGAGGGGCUGGAGCCUGGCAGCACAGACCCACUGACUAACGGAUGCCAGGGGGUCAGUGAAGCUGCUCACCGGCUGGCCCGCCGCCUCUACCACCUCGAGGGCUUCCAGCGCUGCGAUGUGGCCCGGCAGCUGGGCAAGAACAACGAGUUCAGCAGGCUGGUGGCUGGCGAGUACCUCAGUUUCUUCGACUUCUCUGGCCUCACUCUGGACCGAGCGCUCAGGUUUGUCUCUCCAGCCCCUGAAAGCCGCCAGUGUCUCGCUCUUCACUUGGCUCUUAGCAAUGUCCUCAGAACCUUCCUGAAGGCCUUUCCUCUGAUGGGGGAGACGCAGGAGCGUGAGCGGGUCCUCACACACUUCUCCCGCCGUUACUGCCAGUGCAACCCUGAUGACAGCACCUCGGAAGAUGGGAUCCACACGCUCACCUGUGCCCUGAUGCUGCUCAACACGGACCUGCACGGACAUAACAUUGGCAAGAAGAUGUCCUGCCAGCAGUUCAUUGCCAACCUGGACCAGCUGAAUGAUGGCCAAGACUUUGCCAAAGACCUCCUGAAGACCCUUUACAAUUCCAUCAAGAAUGAAAAGCUGGAAUGGGCUAUUGAUGAGGAUGAGCUGAGAAAAUCUCUGUCUGAGCUGGUGGACGACAAGUUUGGGACAGGCACUAAGAAGGUGACCCGGAUUCUGGACGGCGGUAACCCCUUCUUGGAUGUCCCUCAGGCUCUCAGCGCCACCACCUACAAGCAUGGCGUGCUGACUCGGAAGACUCACGCCGACAUGGAUGGCAAGAGGACACCCCGUGGGAGACGUGGCUGGAAGAAAUUCUACGCAGUGCUCAAAGGGACCAUCCUGUACCUGCAAAAGGAUGAGUACCGGCCGGACAAGGCUCUGUCAGAGGGUGACCUGAAGAAUGCCAUUCGUGUGCAUCAUGCUUUGGCCACCAGGGCCUCUGACUACAGCAAGAAAUCCAACGUGCUCAAACUGAAGACUGCCGACUGGAGGGUCUUCCUCUUCCAGGCCCCGAGCAAGGAAGAAAUGCUGUCGUGGAUCCUAAGGAUCAACCUGGUGGCUGCCAUCUUUUCAGCCCCAGCCUUCCCAGCUGCCGUCAGCUCUAUGAAGAAGUUCUGUCGGCCCCUGUUGCCCUCCUGUGCCACUCGUCUUUGCCAGGAGGAGCAGCUGCGGUCUCAUGAGAAUAAGUUGAGGCAGGUGACCGCAGAGCUGGCGGAGCACAGGUGUCACCCAGUGGAGAGGGGCCUCAAGUCCAAGGAGGCGGAGGAGUACCGGCUGAAGGAGCACUAUCUCACGUUUGAGAAAAGCCGUUAUGAGACCUAUAUCCACCUUCUGGCUGUGAAAAUCAAAGUGGGCUCGGAUGAUCUGGAGCGGAUUGAGGCUCGGCUGGCCACCCUGGAAGGGGACGAUCCUUCUCUCCGGAAGACACACUCAAGUCCUGCCCUCAGCCAGGGCCAUGGGCCUGUGACUGGCAGCAAAACCCCUGGACCUGAUACUUAGCUGGUGUGAACGUGCAGGCAAAUGGCCCUGGAGGGGUCAGUGAGCACAAUUAUGGCCAGUGGCUGCUUGGACCAAGGUCCAGCAGUUGACGGGCAACCAGAGGAGUGUGGAGAGCCCUGUGGGCCAAGAAGAUAGAGAUGCUACUUGUGGCGUUGGGCCUCUUGCAUCCUGGGCCAUCUCUGGCCAUGACUUUCUGCCCAGCCCUCGUUGCCUGCCCACAUGGGGCUUCACUUUGUAGGCCAGGGAAUGAAUGCUCUAGCACCUUCUCACUGGAGGGGCCGGGAGGCUGCUGCUUCCCCAGGUCCCCUCUUCUUGCUGAGCUCCUCACUUAUCCUGUGUUGUGAGGGCAGGCCUGGAUCCCUCACCCUGUUCUCCUCGUCCAUCCUCUGAGUUGACCAGCCGCAGGUCUGUGGACCACCAGCACUGUCUUCUCUUCCUCCACCUCCCAGCCACCUCUGCAAGAGGGCGCAGUUCUCCUGCCUUAUUGCAAUAACCCAGGACAUGAGCUGCCUCACUCAGUGCCAAGCUGACUCCACUCACAUGUGUGCCCACCUGUCCUCCCGUCCUCUGAGGCUGCUCUGCCUCCAUUUUUGUAUGGACAUAAAUGUAUAUAAAUAUAUACAUAUAAAAGUUAUAUAUAUAUAGAAGGAACUCUUUUAAAGAUGGUUUUGGAACUGCCAUCAUCAGAGAAUGAAAUCAGAUGAAAGAAAAGUGUAUUUGGGAGCUCUGUUGUCUGUCAUAAGGGCUGCCAUAUGGCCUUUGGUGGCCCUAACAGUCUGUGAGGAAAGAUGAAGAGAGUACUGACCUCACCCUACCUGGCCUUUUCCCCUUCCAGCUGACCUGUUCCAGUUGGUGAUUUUGGACUAAACAGACAAGAUGUGUGUGCCACCCCGUCUGCUGUAAGGGUGUCCUGUGAAUCAGUGGGAUGGACCAUGGCCCCUUUUUGUACUUAAAUCUUUAUGUUGUGCUAUCAGGUCUAUGAGCUCCAGAGGUGGCCUCUUGUACAGACUAGCCACACGGGAAUAAAAGGCACUCCACCUUGCAGACAGCCACCUGUCAGCCAGCCCGAAGAUGUGUGAUGGAGGAAGGUUCUAGAAGCCACUAAUUCUUGGUCUUGGGAAAAGGUGAAUGACAAGUUGCUGAUUGUUGAUGUUUCUUUCAUUUCCCUAGGGAAUCAAAAAGGCUGAGCUAAGGUAUAUCUGGGAAGAAUAGAGACAUUUACUACAUUCCCCUCUCAGAUGGAACCUGCACUCCUCAUACCAACAAGUGGAUGGGAUGAAGGCACUCUUGAUGUGGCUGAUGAGCCAAUUCUUCCUAAUGUUUAAAUAGAUUACUGUAGUUUGGCCAGCAAUUUGGCCUCUGUGGUAACAUAUUUAGUUAAUAAGAUAAGACAACCUCGCAACUAAGUACCUAACAUUUACAAGCCCACUCACAUUUGAUGCAGGGACAUGUGACUAGGUGGAGGGAUGUAGUGAUUCAAAUCCAAAUUAUUUAACUUGGAUCAGCGGAAGUGUUUUGUAACUAAACCAUCUGGUCUCUUCGUUUUGCUCAAGGGAAGUCAAUGUCAUUUAGAUGGAGUUGAAAAGGCAGUGUGGUGACAUAAAAGAGCUUGCUGUAUUUCUCCACACUGCCUCCAAUGUCCUUUGAUUUUUAGUUCGGGUCCCGCCCACCACUUCAUGAGGGUGAGUGAUGACAGCAGAGUGUGAACACGUCGGCCUCAAACAGAUGUGCUUCCCCGAGCACUAGCUGUGCCUCUCAUCAGUAAAGAAACUUUUAGUUCACCUCCUUAAUUGUAUAAUUAUUUAUUUGUAAAUUAUAUACAUGUACUACUGUACUAAAAUACUAUGUACAUUAUAAAACAUACACAAAAAUAGAAAUUUUAAAAAGAUGAGAUGAAAAUAAAUCUAAAUCAAAGUUCUAA